GGGCGGGCGCGCGCAGCGCGGGCGCGUGGCCGAGCGGCAUGGCGUGGCCCUGCAUCAGUCGGCUGUGCUGCCUGGCCCGGCGCUGGAACCAGCUGGACCGCUCGGACGUAGCGGUGCCUCUGACUCUGCACGGCUACUCGGACCCCGGGAGCGAGGGGCCGGCCGCGGACUGCACCGCCUCGCGUGGGAGCCCGUCUGUCGCAGGCGCGCGGGAGCCCAGUCGCGCCGUGCCGCUCACCCAGUACCAGCGCGACUUCGGCGUGCGGACCGCGCGCGCGGGGACCCGGGAUGAGCGCGUGCCCGGGUCGGGCGGCCGCAGGGGCCAGUCUUCGGCGACCCCCGCCCGGGCGGUCUACGUACUACCCGUCGGGGACGCGGACGCAGCUGCUGUAGCGACCACGUCUUAUAGGCAGGAAUUCCAAGCUUGGACUGGAGUGAAGCCCUCAAGAUCCACAAAGACCAGAUCGGCCAGAGUCAUCACAACGCACAGCUCUGGAUGGGACCCCAAUCCUGGGGCCAAGUUCCAGGUUCCAGAAGUGAGAAAAUUCACACCCAACCCCUCAGCCAUCUUUCAGACAUCAGCUCCCCGGACUCUCAAUGUGUGACCAGUGGAAACCAGUGGAAACCGUGGCUGCUGGGAAAGCUGAGGACCUCCAGACCUCCAGAAGGGGAACUGGCUUUGAUCCUUCACUGACUGGAGCAGCAUGGCUGCCGACUCUGCCUGUGGUGUGGAGUGGAGGCAGACGGCACACCGGCAGAACACCAUCAGCUGCACGUGGCCUCUUCCCCCUCCUCCUCAAGCAGUGUGUGUGGGGAAAACUUGAUCUUUUAAAAUGCCAUUUGGCACCUUUCAAUUUUUAAAUAUGAGGUUCAAUUUGGCUGUGACCUGAACUGCUCCAGACUGAAAAGUAUGCAUAUAUCAAGUCCUUGGUAGACCAGUUACCAACUUUGGAUGGUUUUCCCAAGAUGCAUGUUAACUUAUUUGAUAGCCUAUGGUAGUCCCAGGCAGUUUUCUCAUCUCUUUCUACAGUGCCCCACAUGCUUACAUUAAGACAUCUUAGCCAGGCAACGGUGGCACAUAUCUUUAAUCCCAGUGGAGACAGAGGUAGGGAGAGCUCUGUGAUCUUGAGGCCAGCCUGGUCUACAGAGUAAAUCCCAUGACAGUCAGGGCUACACAGAGAAAACUGGUCUCAAAACACAUACACACAUACACACACAUGGGGUAAAAAAAAAAACAAAAAACCUUAGGUUAUCAGGAGUGAUGCCUUUAAUCCCAGUACUCUUGAGGCAGCGGUAAGAGGAUCUCAAUCAGCUCAAUGCCAGCCUGGUCUACAUAGCAAAUUCCGGGAGGGGCUGUGUUUCAAAAGAACAACAAUAUCUUAAGUUCUUAAAAAAUACAUACGACCACCUGCACAUGAGUCUCAUGGUGGUAAUAUAUAUCCAGGCAGAAAUUUCAUAUAUAUAUAUACAUUACACGCAGAGAUGGAAAUAUAUCUGUAUAUAUAUGGAAUACAUACAGUGGUGAAAUACAUUCAGGGAGAUCAUCUACAUGUUUUCACUUUUCAGAUGUAAUUUUUUUAUAGCCAAGAUGAUCAUGUUUCCAGGAUAAGUGAAAUGUUGAAAGCAUGAAUGGCAUUCGCCCCGUAUUUCUAGAGGCUGAGCCCUGUCCUACUAAUUUCAUCUGUCUGCCCUCAACUCAAGGACUAGAAGGGACUACCAUGCACACCUGUGAGGAGCUGGGAGCAGUCUGGAGAGCAUCCCUCACAGGCACCUUGACCCUCCAGCCUGUUGACUCCUCAACUCUGGUUGGGUACUCACUACCCCAGUGUGGGGAACAACUCCUUCUGCCUUUGGAAGACUCGUCUUCAUAGGUUUCAGUCAGAAUGGCUGUGUGGAACAAGCCCAGUCUCCUUUGCACAACCAUCUCUCGAACACUAGAAAAAGACGAUGUCUCAAAGGCUUGGCAGUGUUUGGUAAGAACUGUAAGGGUUCCCUUCAAAGCCAAGGCAGGGGCGGCAGCUCAGGCCUCCCACACAGCAUCCCCUGCCUCCCUCUUGCCAGCCCAGGAAAUGCUGAGUCAUUCUGAAGGGGAAAUUGAAACCAUAUGCAUAUACCAAAGGUCCCAUUACUCUCGAUUUGUCAGUUUGCAUGCUCAGUGUACCUGAGAGGGAAGAGACUGCCUGCUGGGUAGCUAAAUGUAGGCAAUGAGCAGAUUAACAGUUUACUAAAAUGCAAAAAUGUGCUGGGCUUAAGUUAUAAACUCAAGUAUAUUUUUCCCAAUCA